GUAAUUUCACAUGGGAAGAAGGUAAUUAAGUUUCUAGGGAUGAGUCUGUCAUAGAGAAGUUUUGAUUAUUGGAUCAUUUUGCAGAAUUUUCCCUUCAAUAGUUCAAUUAAAUAUUUGCUCGUUGUACGAAUCAUCAUCCGUCUCGGUAGUCUUUUCCAUACUCUUCUUCUCCAAAGCCAAAGCCAAAGCCAGAAUAAAGGAAAUGAAAGGGGUACUCUGUUUUCUGCUUACCUCCGCCAUUCUUUUCGCUCCCUUAGAAGCCACCGAAUUGCUGCCCCAAACCGCUGAAUCCUUUAAUUUAACCUAUAUUCAGCAACUCGGAAGUUGUUCUUAUUCGGUUGUUAUAUCGACGAGCUGUUCGUCGCCUACAUUCACAAGGGAUCAGAUCAGUCUUUCGUUCGGCGAUGCUUAUGGAAACCAGAUUUAUGUGCCAAGGCUUGAUGACCCAUCUAGAAGGAUAUUUGAAAGAUGUUCUUCUGAUACAUUUGGCAUAAAUGGACCUUGUGCUUACCAAAUUUGCUAUGUCUAUCUUUAUCGCUCUGGACCGGAUGCCUGGAUCCCAACAACAGUGAAAAUCUCUGGUGGUAAUUCUAGACCUGUCACGUUUAACUACAACACCGCCAUACCAAACGACGUCUGGUUCGGGUUUAACUUGUGUGGUCAUCCUUCGUCUUCAAACCGUUGUUCAAGUUGCGUAAGGUUCUUAUAUGUCAUUUUAGUGUCUAUUCUUCUACUUCUCUUGUAAUAUUGUGCUGUGUUAGGAUGCUGUUCAUGUUCUAUCCUUGAUAAGAAUAUAUUUUACUUGUAGCACUUUUAGUAUAGAGGAUGGUGAUUGAGAUUCUUGACUUGGGAUAAGCUUUCGAAUAUCUUACUAUGGAAUUGGGAAAUAGAGAAAUUUCUGGUUUUGUUUGUU